AUGUCAUUCAGUCAUGCGCGACCUCAUUAACUGCAGAUAUAAUACAGGUGAUGCUGGCAGCUUUUCCGUUUAUGUUUUAGAACAAACAACUGACAACAACGUAGAAAGUUCACGAUCACAAUUCUAAAAUGCCACGGUGGCAUUUAUUGAGUAAAUAUAGUCUUCUGAUAUUAAUCUAUUCGACACGUUUGAUAAACAGUGCUGAGAUCAACAGAAAUGAAGGCCAAGCAUCCGCAGGUGGAGGUCGAGAGCGAUAUGCCUUCUUUGCCUUGCGGAGCUGCCAUCAAGUUCUCCGAGCUGACAGAGGUGAGUUCUUCUCCCCGGACUACCUGUGCUCAAACCCCCCCGUGUGGUGCAACUGGACCAUCCAGGUGCAUCCUGGGAAGCGUUUGGAGCUGUAUCUGGAGGACUUGACGUCCCCGGAUGCCUGUGAGCUGAAGAGCGAUCAGAUCCACCUGGAUGAAUUUCCAUCGGCUGCGGGUGGACAGAGGGUCCUGGAAAAGUGCUGGAGAACGGCCAGUUAUGUCUCUCUGUCCAACACAGUUCAUGUGGUGCUGCUCAUCGACGGGAACCCGCCUGCACCGUACAGGGGCUUCUAUGGACGUUAUAAAGCUUUCGGACCACAGGAUAUUCCUGUUCUCGUGUAUGAGGACAUUCCUGUAGACGUGAUCGAAGCAGCAUUAGGUGAUGAUGAAGAUGAAACGGAUGCAGUUACAGAUGCUCCACCAGGUCUGAACACCCAAACCACUUCUUCUGUUCUGACCCGCUCUGUGAAGAUUGGAUCCAACUCAGUGACCAAUGAACUCCCUUUUGGGAAAAGGGAAUCCUGGGAAAAGAGUGCCGGGGAUUCAACUGUGGAUUCAGCUCCUCAUGUUCUCGCGUCUGGUUACAACAGUGAAGUUGCAUCCGAUGAUGAUGCAUACUACGAUGAUAAUUUCUUUGCAGCGUCACAAGAAGGAGCUGGUCGGUGGGCAGCUGAGACCCAGCAAAACCAACCAGGAAGUGGACCGGCUCUAAUCCGCUCCAGAUACCAGGCGGCCUACACAAACCUCACAGACACCCUCAGCGCAAACACUCACAUGCCACACAUCAGGACCGAAGCUGUUAAACCCACCGCUCGCUCUCCAUCUGCCAUGCGCAGGGAUGUGGACGUGCAAGCACGCUUUUCUGAUGAAACUGAGCCGGGCAGAGCCAAAAUGGCAUCUGAUGUUGGGGAAAUGAGGUGGAUGAGACAGCGGGAUGAUGGGAAAGAGGUUUCUAUGAAGGCGACAGUGACUGAGAGCAGCAUCACACUGGACAUACAGCCCAAAUUACACCGCAGAUCUAAAGGUGCAGUGAAAACUCGCUACCAGCAAACCACAGGAAAUGUCACCAACAACAGCCAUUUACCUGGAGAGCUCUUGUUGGAGGUGGGUGUAGAGGUCCGUCUGGAGCCUGAACAUCAUGAAGAAUCCUCUUCCCUCAGAUCUGCUCUAGAGACCAUGAUACGAGAAGCAUGUGGACAUCUCACCCCGAAGAGCCUAGACUUCAAAAGACUGAAAAAGUUGAGUUCUGGUGUUUUGUUCAUCGUGUGGCUGCGGUUUGAGAAGGCUUCUGUCGGGGAUCUUCAGUCCGGUCUGCAGGGGUUACAGGGCACAACCAUCAGAUCACAAACCAGCAAAACUCAGGGCGUCAUUGCAUCAGUCUCUACUGAAGACAUCAAUGAGUGUGAGACACAAAUGGUGGUGUGUGAUGCUCAUGCUGAGUGUGUGAAUCAGUUUGGAUCGUACUCCUGUCGCUGUCUCCAUGGUUACCGUGAGGGAGCGAGCAUUUGUGUGGGGUCUGCUGAACCUGACUGUAGCGGGACAUCAUCUCCCACAAUCCUCCGGGGUGUUUACGCCAUCUGCGGCCUGCUCGCGUUCCUCUUCUUGCUGUUGCUGUUGGUGAUGCUUUAUCUGUACCGCAGACACUACAGGGGGGCGUUCCUGCUUCGCUGCCAGAAAACCAGCAUUAGCAGCGUUGUGGAUGCUGUUGCCAAUGACGAUGACAAUAAUAACACAGGAAAUGAUAAUGGCAGUGGUGUGAACCCAUCCAGAUUCCCGCCUCCACCCCCACCCAUGAGGAUGCCCAAAGACGGCCACCGCUCUCUGGACCUUCCAUUAUUACGCUUCAGCUCUCUAGUGCCUCCUGAUGGAUUUAGAAGUAAAAUACAUGCAGAGAAAGAGCAGUUUUGAUUGAUUGUCACUAAGUACACUGCACUUCACAGGGUGUGUGACUGGUCUUAUUUGUAUUAGAGAGCUAUGUACUUCUUUUACUGUUUCCAUGUAUGCUCUUUUUCUAUUUGAUUUAUGAAGUAUUUUGGUAAAACACUGGUUUCUGUUUGGUCUGUUCUUGUAUUUUUGUUCAAAGAAGAUUUCUCACUCUUAAAUAGAAUUGAAUAGAACUCAAAA